AUGUCCAGCAUUCGUCAGAGUUUGCCGGAUGGUCCCUUGCAGCCUCUGCAGCCUAUCCAAGGGGAAGACGGACGAUGCGGUAUUGGCUUGGCGUGCCAGACCGGGAACAGAGAUGAGUCAUCCGCACCUGAAACGUCACGCGGAGACAGGCAAGGCCCGAGCGAGCGCUGCCCGUUCACGUGUCGCCACAGCUCUAGGGGACACGCGCGAAUCGCCGCGGGGGACUCGCAAGAACGACCGACAGAGAUAGAUGGGCAAACGCGGCACGCGGAACGAACAGGAAAGUACGGUCCGGCAGGCACCCUUGCCGUCCCCAUUCUCUUUGAGAGGACGGCAGACAGAGAUCUGCUGUUGUUGCAGAGCGUGAAUGCACUUCUUCGCGAGGUAUCCUCACGAUGUGCGCACUACAGCAAAGCGUGUCAUCGCACGAGAAAGAAAGCAACAGAGGCGCGACCCCAUCGGUCGGACGCUGGCGACACAGCUGCCUGUACCGUAUCCAGGAUGGCCAUGGAAGCAGCGACAGAUGAGGCAAAAGGAAAACAGGCUCUGCCUCCAAUUGUCACUAGUGGAUCCUGCAGGCGUCGGCGCGAACCCGACGCAGCACGUCGACUCGAAAAGGCAGCCAAGAGCACCGAAUCCCAUGCUGAGGGCUGCCGGCCAUCCUCAGAGCUUCUGGGGUUCGCAGCACUUGAACCGAGAGACUCUGUUGGGGUUCCAGCAGAUGACAGGCUCGGAGGAGAUGAUGCCCCUAAACACUCUGCCUCUUUGGGUCCAGCGGAGUCGGGCUCAGCUGGUUUAGGGUCGUGGAAUGGCAUCCCUGAUUCGGCGGCGCUGCUGAGUUCUUUGGUUCCUCUCUCCAUCCUAGAAACAGAGUCAUUACUGCAUGCCUCGGGCAAAGUUUUGAGGCUGUUAUUGUCUGCUGAGAAACUCGGCAACUCGUGCAUUUCCACGCCCAGUGUGGAUCAGACCCCCUCUGACGUGCCGCGAAGGAACAGCCGCGAAGCCAGCAGUGCCUCGUAUCGGAAGCUGAUCCUUUGUUCCGGAGGGGAAAGGAGGUGCGGGCAAGCAGCGAAAGGUACGAAAGUGGACCCGCCGCGGGGAACGGGGCUACAGGGAAACGUAACGGUUUCCCAGCAGAAACGCAUCUCUGGUUCGACUAAUCAUCCCCGUGCUCGAGAGCUGUCUCAAAGAGAACAGACGACAGGUUCUGCUGACAGUCACUCUGGAGACAGAAGCUCCAGGAGGGCCAGAAGCCGUACGCUUCGAUAUUGCACCAGCACGACCUUUCUCCCGGCGGAAUGGUCCGAGAGACACUUCGAUUGGAGCCACAACGAGCGGCCGAACGCAGAAAUAACUGUUGGGGUUCCUUGCAGUGCCUCCAGCUGUUGUGUCCAGAUGUCGAAGACAGGCGUUCGGUCCUGUCCAAUUGGUCAACAAGGAACGACAGUCGCGGCCAGUGUAGCGGAGCGACACUCCGAGGCGAAAGCGGAGACGCUGCUCGCCUUCGUUUCUACCGCAGCAGAAGAUACCCGAGAACCCGGGGAGGCCGAUGAACAACCAGCCGCACCUGGGGCAAGCCCGGGACUCCUAGCUGAGCAAAGGGAAACGGAACCCAGGACCCCUCCCUUGCCUGACGUCGCCACACACAUCGCCGCCUCUGCUGGUCAGGCAUCUGUCUCUUCGGGGUCACCCUUGGCUUCCUCCGUGCAGAAGACGGCUGCGUGCUGUCGAGAAGAGACCCAACAGGCUUCGACAUCCGCGGAUCGAAGGCUGGCGUCUGCCUACCGCCCGGCCCUCCCUUGUCUCUCUCCGUUUCACGUUCUGGCGGGUCCUGAGUCCCCGACGUCCGAUUCCUCGCCGUCGCCAUCUCCUCUCACGCCGCCUGUUCCGCAGAUGGAAGAUGCACGAGACGGCCGGCUGUCUUUGGAUGACAUCGACACCAGAGCACCGCUGCCAGGAUCGACGACUGAGCAGUCUCUCCCGCUUUCCUCAGAUGAAUUGUUGCACCCUACUCUUCCUCCUCAACCUCUACCCUGUCCACCUGUACCCUUCGUCCCUCCACCAACCGCACAACCUGAUCUCUCUACACCAGCGGAGGUCUACCCUUUCCCUGAAGAUGCGUGGCAGGGAAGUCCUCCCUUUCAGGUGUCUACUGCCUCUGCCUUCUGCUCGUCAACCUCCAUGGCGUCCCUACGCCGCCGUCGACAUGCAAGUGGCAUGCGUUCGGACUCUGCCUAUGGAUUUCCUUGUCCUGUUUCUUUCUGGGUGCCGCUAGCCUGCACAUCCGCGACUCCUCAGUUCCGAUCUCGGUCUCCCAGAGCGCGGGUUAUCUGUCAACCUUCUCGUCGCCCUCCUUGUCACGACACAACCUCUCUACGCUCCGGCACGGGACACGUCUCGCAUGUUGCCGCUUCCCCUGGCGCACCCUGUUCCCCGGGGUGGCCCAGUACGGUUCUUUUCUCCCCGCAAGCGGAGGCCGAUGAACAGACACGGCGAGAUUCUGACCCAUCCAUUGCCUUGCCAAUGAACGGACUCAGUUGCGUUCCGCCGGAGACAAGAAAGACGCGCGCAGACUGCAGUUUUCCUGCUCAGAGAGUUUCGCCGUGUUCUCAUUCGAGUACGCCCCGCAGUGUCUCAAAGUCAACGCGUGAAGGCACAACAACAAGCACUGCCAGUGACGACAAGGGCGAUGGGGCGCCUUCUGAAUCUCUCCUCAGACUCAGCCCUCGGCAGGGCCCUCGCCAGCGGACGCGCAGGAUCAAACCUGGUGCGGCAUCUCUUUUUCGUGAUGCGGGCGAACGACAGGGGAUGGCAGGCGGGCGGCAGGAAAAGCGUCUUUGUUCGCAACCUGAGAAGCGACCGCAGAGCAACGGCGAAAUCCCCCCGGCGCAAACACCAAAACGGAGCCGGUGGGACGAUGAUAUUUUUCAUUUCGAGGAACGAUCCGUCAGUGCGCGGAUAGGGCGUCCAUCUAGUACCCUAAUGGGAACAGAAGAAAACGGCGAGGGGACCGAGUGUGUACACAACGCCCACUCGGACGAGAAGUUCAUGCCUCGUGUCGAGGAUGAAAUGCCGAUAUCCGAAGUCUCCACGAAAGUCUUCAUGCCAUAUUCGCAAGAGGGACGUACUCGGAGAGCGCUUUCAGGAUCAAAACCCCUGGAGCCGGGGCAGGAAAUGGAAACAGCGGAGAUUAGGAAGGUGAGCGGGGAGCGCCGAGAACCUUCAGUGGUGGGAUACCCUGCAUGCAGAGUCGUAGCUCGAGGACAGGCACAACGACAGACAGGGGAGUUGCCCGCGUCGGGGGGCCUCAGGCAGGACCCUGGCAGAACAGACUACGAAGGCCUGCCAGCCUCUCCGCCUACCCGCUGUGAUUCGCCCUCAAAAAUGAGUCGUGAAGAUGUAGAGGCUCGAUCUGUUUGUGAGCAGUUAACGCGAAAGGACAGCGUCGGAGAGUGGCACGAGGAUCUGCGCGACGGACCUCUUUCUUUUGCCGGCCGAGAUGCAAGAACUGGAGCUGUACACACUCCCACUGAUACACCCGAACACGAAGCAAGGCACGGCUCUAUCCGGGAGGGCUUGAGGCAGGAACGCUUCUUACGUCAACCGUACCGAAACGUGAUACCGGACAUAAGCACGCGCCGACGCGCAGUCGCAGAACAUGCGGCCGGGACCCCUAGCGCGGCAUAUCGUCCAUACUGUGAUGAGUUUGACCUGGCUACUCCAAGCCUAGCAAGGGACGUUAAGAGUCUCUCGUUACCAAAGUGCUCUUGUGAGGCUGGGGAAGGGUUUGCCGAGGCUGUCUCCAGUGGUGAUCCAGGGUGGAAACGGCCAGAAGGGCCCAGAUGCCCGCAAGAGGAAAAAGGUAUUUCUUCCCCGUGUUUGGGUAGCGAUCGAGCUCGUUUGCUGCCGGACAGCACUCAAAAGGGCGAUGAACUACAUGCACUCAGCCUGGACAGGCAGCCAUGUUGCAAGCUGCCGGACUCUGGUGUUCGUCGCCGAGUCCAUGACUCACCUUCGCUGCGUCCAUGGAAUUGCUCCCCGACUUCCUCGGAAGACGCUUCAGACCGCCAUCCCACCUCUUUCUACAGCAUGCACUCUGCAGGAAUCUCGGAAAAGACGAUACCCCUUGAGAGCUACGGAGAGCCCAGGCGACAGAGCGCAGGACCGCCAUAUAGCAGGAAGCGGUCGGGUCAGAGUGCCUUGACGAUGCAGAGAUCAGCACACGCCGGUGAAAGUCCGAUCUCUCGAGCACGACUUCGACGGCGCGCCGCCGCCCUGUUCCGAGAACUGGUGAGGGCAGAGGCCUUACAGCCCGACGCGGCCGAGGCACUCCGCAUCGCUGUGCAGAGACAACUCUACGAUGCGAAACCGAGAGAAGGCGGAUCGACCGGUGUUCCUCUCUCCAGUGAAGAAGAGGAACUGAGGCACUGCACUUUUCGGCCGCAGAUCAAUCAGCGUCGCAGUGCACGAUGUUUCCUCUCGAAUGUACCGUGGUGGCAGCGCCUCUACAAUGGCUACAGAGUCCCCGAUAUGAAGCGGGAACUACAGCUCCUUCAGGAGCACGUCGAAUUCAUGACUCGUCAGAAUGAUGACACGAGCGAUGCAGAAGACGAUCGCGGAGGAAUCGAACAAAACAGCGAAUCACCCUGGGGCGAAGCGUCUGCAGUCAGCCAGGCUAGUGGGGUUCGUCGACGAUGCUACAGUGACCAGCGGAAGCUAGGGAGACGGAGUUCGGUGGGGGCAUUUACGCGGGUUUCAAGGGAUUCGCAACACACAGUACAAGAGUCGAUGAAAGCCACGAGAAACCCACGUGCCGCUGGCUAUGUCCCAACUCUUGGACACUCAGUCAGAAGCCCUAUAGCUCUGAAGGGGAACGACAAGCAACCUCGAAAAUGCGUUCGGUUCGCUAGUCCGACUCGUUCACCACAAGCGUGUUCAACAGAAGCUUAUGAAGGGAAGAUAGUGCGGGCAAAGCAGAGCCAUGAGACCUUGCAGUCCUCUAUACUUGACCCGGGAAGGCCAGCGACUGGUCAGUCGCGGAUCCUCACCAGCUGCCUCACAAAGCCAUCGGUGGCCCGCGGAGCGCUCCGCUCGAAGUCCCAACUACACAGUCCUCUGGGCAACGAGUAUAGUUCCGCAGGCACGAUGUCUGAGCGUGCGAAAGGUCUCGGCAGCCCUUCGGCUGGUUCAAGUAAAGAGCCCUACGUCUGCUCAGCCAGUUCGCCCUGGGAGGGAUAUGUGCAGCGUUCGAGAACGCAGUUGGUUCCUCCGCAUGCCGUCUCGUGCCCAUUAAGGCAGCAGCACGAAAGCUGGUUGCCUCCUGCGCCCUUGAAGAAGAGCUAUCCCAGUCUACGAGGCAUUCUGAUGCGUCAGUCAGAAUAUCCUGAAUGGGAAGGGUUGAAAGGGAUCCUUCGGGGGGCGUCGAGGUCCACGUACACCCUAGAGGACAGGACAGAACCGGAGGAGUCGGGAAGCCGCAUUAGCAAGGAGCUGCUUAAAACUUACCUUGGGGGCCGCAAUUUUGUGCCAGGGUGGCUAGACGUGCACUAA